ACCUCUCGGUCCCCGCCAGCGGCUCAUUCUGCUGCGGCUGCGCCUGCUCGUCCUCUCGUCACCGGUGCCGCCAUGCCCGGAGGGCUCCUUCUCGGGGACGAAGCUCCCAACUUCGAGGCCAAUACCACGAUCGGACGCAUCCGGUUCCACGACUUCCUGGGAGACUCAUGGGGCAUUCUCUUCUCCCACCCCCGGGACUUCACCCCUGUUUGUACCACCGAGCUUGGCAGAGCUGCAAAGCUGGCACCAGAGUUUGCCAAGAAGAAUGUUAAGUUGAUCGCCCUCUCCAUAGACAGCGUGGAGGACCAUCUUGCCUGGAGCAAGGAUAUCAACGCUUACAAUGGUGAGGAGCCCACAGAAAAGCUACCCUUUCCCAUCAUUGAUGAUAAGAAUCGGGACCUCGCCAUCCAGUUGGGAAUGCUGGACCCAGCAGAGAAGGACGAAAAGGGCAUGCCUGUGACCGCUCGUGUGGUGUUUGUUUUUGGUCCUGAUAAGAAAUUGAAGCUUUCUAUCCUCUACCCAGCCACCACUGGCAGGAACUUUGAUGAGAUUCUCCGAGUAGUUACCUCUCUCCAGCUGACAGCAGAAAAGAGGGUCGCCACCCCGGUUGAUUGGAAGGACGGAGAGAGUGUGAUGGUCCUGCCCACCAUCCCUGAAGAGGAGGCCAAAGCACUGUUCCCUAAAGGAGUCUUCACCAAAGAGCUGCCUUCGGGCAAGAAGUACCUGCGCUACACUCCCCAGCCCUGAGGCUGUCUCCGCCUGGGCUGUGCCCUGCGGCAGCUCCCCAGGGACAUCCAGUGAUCACGGUGCGGUCGUGGGUCGCUCUGCUUCUGGCUUCUUCAGUGACGUGGCACGAACACCCCUCGGGACCCCACUCUGUGCCUUCACCAGCAGUGUUCCGCUCACACGUCCCAGCUCUCGGAAAUAGGCUCCGUGUUUGAGACUCAGAUCUGGUUGGGUCUCCGCGGGUUUAUGUUCAGUGUUACUGGUGGUUGGUUGUGGAGGAAGCUUGCUUCAUGCCUUCGCAGGAUGACUAACGUGUGCAGCUGUGUUGAUCUGGUUUUCGCCUGUCACCCAUUCGGGGAGUGUUAGAAUGGACGCUCAGCCUCCUCUGUAACCGCCUCAGUGUAUGGCCCGGAACUUGAAGUAACCCAGACAUUCUUUAAUAUUCAGUGUUUUGAUCACAACUUGGGGGCAGAACUUUUCAAUUCUGUACUUUUCUAGUAGAUAAUUGAAGUGGGAAGACAAGGAGAGGCAUCUAUAUUUUGCUGUUAAAAAAAWUUUUUUUUUCAAUCAAUU